ACAGAGCACAGGCGCAUUCGGGAAGAGGACCACAUAGGAUAAAAACGGACCUCGAUUCCCAAGAUGUUCAUGAAAACGUGUGUCGUGUCAGCUGCCUUCAUGGCGCUGAUCGCUUCGACAAUGGCCAAACCUGACCCCGAGAGUGCCAAUGUGGCUUCAGCACCCCAGGAAUACUUCGAUGCUCCAGUCGAUGCGGAAUACAUCAUUUUGAAGAAAGCCGACGCGGCUCCCGCCCAUUGGAACCGCUUGUACAAUGAUUGGGGUAAAAGAGCCGAUCAAUGGAAAAACUUGAACCAUAUGUGGGGCAAGCGAUCGGCACCGGCUCCUAACCGGUGGGACAAACGACCUCAACCGCAGUGGAACGAGUUGUCCGGUUAUUGGGGCAAACGUUCGUCGGCCUAGUUCUAUUGAAUCGGGUCGACGAAGAGGAAUGAAAUUUUCAAUAUCCGUUCCAUUAGUGACCUUAUGUUGACGAGGACGUCGCGGGAGAGGGGAGAGGGACAGCGGGGCUCUCCAGGUUCGUUCUGGUGGUCUGCAGGACGGGAGAUCCUUUGCCACCGGCAACAUUGUCGCAAUCAAGAAUCUCAGCUUCGCAUCUUCUAGGACGGAUCCCCAAGUCGCACCAAACACCUCCAGUCGCCAUUUUCCCAUUCCUCAGUUGAACCGAUUGAACGUUGACUGAUAUUCGAACGAAUAACAAGAGAGAACACACGACAGCAGUAAUCAAGCGAAUAUUUGAAGAAAAAACACGGUCGCAAUGCUCAUCCUCUCGCACUGGAUAUUUCCGCUGUGGACGCUACGAAUCACAACAUCUGAUACAACCAACACUCAGACUGGCAGAAUCAAUAAAUCUACGUCAUAUGAUAGUAUCGAUAGCAAC